CUGAGCACUUGUAAUUAGAACCCAAGAGCGAAACCCAAGAGCACACAUGUUGCUUCUUCCUUGUUGAUUCGUUAUCACACACAAAAACCUUUUCAACCCAUUGUUAUUUCUCUUCAACUCACCAGCCGUUCAAGUCCGCGUCGUGGCAGUGUGACUCAGAAAGUGUUCCAAGAAAAAACAAUGACCGCGAUCAUUCCAAGCCCUCCCCUUGGGGGACGAAGGAGGGGGCGGAGCAUCGGCGUGUGUGGGUUGGGUUUUUUGCACACUUGAACUCUACGAUGGAAAGGGGCUUGAUUACGACUGGAUUUGUCGUCAAAAACAAUAUUUUAACGCUAUUGACUGUUGUCGCUUGUGACAUUCUCCAUCAUUGUCCGUCAUGCUCGACCGACGACGUUUAUCUUUUACUCUUGGACUUUUUGUUCUCUUCAUACAGACCGUCCUUGCCAGCCCACAAUGUUUCCAGGUUGGACAACCCGUCUUUUGCGUGUACUCCAAUAACAUUGGAAACAAUGAAGUGAGGAUUCGUAUGGAAUUUCCAAAAGAGCUUGGGUGGGUUGGGUUUGGGAUUGGGGCGAGUAUGGAUGCGGCGGAUGUCAUGAUGGCCUACCCCGUUUCAAACGGCCAAAAUGUCGCAAUAACCCGCCGAACAGCCAAUGGACACCGCCUCCCCACUCUAAAUCCAACCCAAGACCUCCAGAUCAUCGCAAACAGUACUGGAAUCUUCACCAUCAACAAUGUCCAAAAAUAUGUUGUCACAUUUGACCGAUCCAUCGCUUCACCGGGGAACAACCUUCCUGCCAUACAGUCGUCUAGUCAAAGCUUCAUUUGGGCAGGAUAUGCGGGUGCUCCACCCGCCAGUGCCACAAAUGUUCCUCGGCACACUGCUCGAGGCACCACAACCGGGAACCUGAUGGACGGCUCGAUGGCUUUCUCUGAAACACAACCAGAUGGAACAACCUCAAACGUGGUCCACGACGCUGCGGCCAACACCGGCAAUCUCAUUCAAGCUCAUGGGAUCCUCAUGUUUCUCGGAUGGGUUGUCCUCGCGCCAUUGGCGAUUGUCAUUGCACGCUUCUUUAAGCCUGCUUUGGGUGUAUGGUGGUUUAGGCUCCACUGGGCACUCAUGUUGUUGGCAGCAGGGGUAUUUACAUAUGUUGGAUUUGGAUUGGUGUAUCAUGUGGUGGGUGUCAAGGGUGCAAGUCAUUUCAAUGUGAAAGCGAACGGUGCGCAUGUGGUGAUUGGUCUUUUGAUUAUCAUACUAUCUGCACCGCAGCUGGCUCUUGGCUGGAUCAUCGACAGGUUGUUCAAUCCUACCCGAAAAUAUAUCCCAUGGUGGGAUAAAGUCCACUGGUGGUUGGGACGUAUUGUGUUCCUCCUUGCCUUGGUCAACAUACCCCUUGGAAUCGCCUUAUACAACGACCAUGAAGGGACCAAAAAGACCUGGCCGUAUGUAGUGUUUGGAAUUCUGUGUGCGCUCUGGGUGGGUGUGUUUGCGUACCUGCAGUUCCGCGUGGGGCAAAGGCAUCACGUUGAGAAGGGGGACAAGUAUGAGGAACAAGGAUUGAAGAGUGACAGCUCUGCGACAGUAGUUUGACCACUUGUGUGCAUUAGCAUUUGUGGUGUGGGGUUCUUCCUGUAAAAGCGUUUUGUUCGAAAGUAUAAUGUUAUCAUUGUGUAUAUUGGUCUGUACUAGACUUCCAAGAAAUAAGCUGUCUAGUACACUUGUACAUCACCUUCUCAGAACUCAUUUAUUU